AUGCCUGACAUGAAGGGAAAAAUUGCUGUAGUAACCGGCGGAAAUGCUGGCAUCGGCCUUCAAACAGUGAAGCAUUUGGCCAUGAAAGGAGCCAAGGUCUACUUCACUGCGCGAUCCAACGCAAAAGCGACGUACACCACGGAUUACGUCCUAUCUCAAAGCAGUGCUGUCUCCAAAGACCAACUGGUGUGGUUGAAAAUGGAUCUCGGCGAUAUCAAGAGCGUGAUCCAUGCGGUCGAAGAGCUCAAGGCGACGGAGCAUGCAAUUGACAUCCUUGUAAACAAUGCCGGGUUAGCCAUGGAGAACCUUGAAACAACGGAUGCUGGGUGGGAAAUGACUAUGGCAGUCUGUCACGUUGGACACUUCGUAUUCACCAACGGUAUCCUCCCGCUCCUUAAGAAGGCUGCUGCCAAUCCCCGAGCGGACGUAAGAAUUGUGACCGUCUCGUCAUCCGUCACAUACUUUUUCUUCCCGCCAAACUACCAGUUCGACUUCACGUCGCCCGCAUUCCUCUCCGGCACGCUGCCUUACGAUCCUUGGCAAUGGCGCUACCUCCAGAAGCACAUGUUUACCGUCAAAAUGAUGCAGUAUAGCCUAGCAAAACUGGCCAACGUACUUUUUGCUCAGGAGCUCCAGCGGCUCCUGGAUUUGCAGGGCUCGCCCAUCAUCUCGCUCUCUGUGCACCCGGGGAGUGUCAGGAGCGCUAAUGCUCUCGAUAUUUUCAGUGGCGCUAUGAAACCAAUCAUGCGCCGGGUGAUGGUGACUGAGGACCAAGGUUCGUUUACUUUGCUAUUUGGAGCAACGGCCAAAGAGGUGCGACAGAAGCCGGAUGUGUUUAAAGGGAAAUAUCUGGAGCCGGUUGGAGAGGUGAAGUCGAACCACGUGGUGGCGAACGAUGAGAAGCAAGUUCGAGGUUUCUGGGACAACACAACCAAGGAGGUGAACGAAUUUCUUGCCAGGGAAGGUUUUGCUCCAUUGUUGGACUGGUAA